AUGGCUGCACUGAGUCUGCUGCUGCUGACUGCGGUGCUGUGGGUCCCUGCAGGGACCCUGACCUGCAUCGGAGACUCGGGCCAGCCAGUGGACUGGUUUGUCAUCUAUAAGCUCCCUGCCAAGUGUAAGAGCGGCUCUGGGGAGCAGAGUGCACCUGUGGACUGCACUGAUGAUUCUGAAGUGCCCGACGGUCUUCGGUACAAGUACUUGGAUGCCAACACAGGCAGCUGGCAGGAUGGCGUGGGUCCCAUUGACAGCACACUUGGGGCCCUGGGCCUCAGCCUGAGGCCACUCUAUGGACAAAAUACCAACCAGCUCGCUUUCCUGCUCUACAAUGACCAGCCCCCAAACACCCUGCUCAAUGAGACCAGCUCUGCGGAUCACGGACAUGCUAAGGGUCUGGUGCUCCUGGACCAAGAUGGGGGUUUCUGGCUGAUUCACAGUGUGCCCAGGUUCCCUCCACCUGCCCGAACUGACGCAUUCAACUGGCCCCCCAAUGCGCUCCCAUACGGGCAGACGCUGCUGUGCGUGUCCUUUCCUCUGGCCCAGUCCGAAACAUUGGUGAGCAAACAGCUCACCUACACCUACCCCCUGGUGUAUGACAGUAAGUUGGACGGAAACUUCGGACAGCAGCUGCCUGAGCUGGCAGAGGUGAUUCAGGACAAACACGUGCCUCAGCCCCCAUGGAACAGGAGUGUGACCCUCACAUCCAGGGCAGGCACCACCUUCCGGAGUUUCACCAAGUAUACAAAGUUCGAAGCUGAUCUGUAUGCGGGCUGGCUGGCAGCAGCUCUCAGCAGCGAACUGAAGGUGCAGUUCUGGCGCCGGAAGGUCAUGCCCUCAGACUGUUCCAGCCUGUACCAUGUGUUUGAUGUCACCCAGAUCAGCUUUCCCGGUGGACCAACCUACAACUCCACCAAAGACCACUCCAAGUGGUGUGUCGCCUCUGACAAGCCCUGGACCUGUGUGACUGACCUGAACCGGAACUACGGGGGGUACCUCCGAAGUGGGGGUGUGCUGUGCGCUCAGAUGCCCAAUCUCUGGAAUGCCUUCAAGUCUCUGGUGGCCAGGUACCAACCCUGCCCACACCCCACACGAGACCGUCUCUCCAGACCUGGUGGAGGAUCCAAACAAUGA